AUGCCGACGAUCGUGGUUCUUGGUGCCGGUGUGAGCGGUCUCACCUGUGCCCUUCUCCUGGCAAAGAAGGGCAAUGAGGUGACAGUGAUCGCGAAGCAUAUGCCCGGCGACUAUGACGCCGAGUAUACAUCUCCAUGGGCUGGCGCCAAUGUCCUUCCAAUGGCCAUGGCAAAGGACAGCCGGUGGGAGAGACGGACUUGGCCUGAGCUUGCAAGGCUUGCAAAAGAAGUGCCCGAGGCUGGCAUUCACUUCCAGACUGUCCGGGUCCUCCGCCGGCAAAAGGAUGUAGCUGAGGGCUUUAAAGCGGCCCUCUCAGACGGGCUCUUCCAGCCCAACCCGUGGUACAAAGACUUGAUGCCAGAUUACCGCGAGCUCCCAAAGAGCGAGCUUCCAGAAGGCAUGCACUCUGGGUGCGAGUUCACUUCGGUGUGCAUCAACACCGCCAUCUACCUUCCAUGGCUCAUCGGCCAAUGCGCGAAGUACGGAGUGAAGUUCAAGCGUGCCGUUCUCAAGCACAUCUCAGAAGCAGCGCACAUGAGCCACACGGGCGGCAAAGCAGACAUCAUCAUCAACGCGUCAGGCCUUCUGGCAUGCAGACUCGGCGGCGUCAUGGACAAGGCCGUAUAUCCAGCCCGUGGACAGAUUAUCUUAGUUCGGAACUCAGCCAAGGGCCUCAUGCCUACAGUGAGUGGCUCCGACGACGGCGAGGACGAGGUGAUCUACGUGAUGGAGAGGGCCUAUGGCGGCGGCACGAUCCUCGGCGGCACGUACAUGAAGGGCAACUGGGACCCGAACCCUGAUCCGAACAUUGCCAUGCGCAUCAUGAAGCGGACUGUGCAGACACAUCCUGAGUUGACUGGAGGGAAGGGCAUUGAGGGGCUAGACAUCAUUCGGCAUGGUGUUGGGCUGCGGCCAGCGCGAGAGGGUGGUGUCAGGAUUGAGAAGGAGAUGAUUGAUGGGACCUGGGUCGUGCAUAACUAUGGUCAUGCUGGCUGGGGCUAUCAGGGGAGCUAUGGGUGUGCUGAACGGGUCGUUGAGCUGGUCGACGAGAUUGCUGGGCAACUGAAGCGCACAUCGAAGUUGUAA